UUGCAUUCUCGAGAGAUUUUUGGGGAGGCUGUAUAGCGUAGGGUGCAUCGUGAGGGAUAGGAGAAGGAGGAGGAGAAGGGCUAAUAGGAGGACGAAUCAUUUAGCAUAGGAAGAUGCAGAAUCCGAGUUAUCCCGUAAUGGCGGGAAUGGCGAACGAGGUGCCCCUCAGUGGAGGGAAUACGCAAGGGGGGGUGACGUAUCAUAUUUGCGGGAAAGUCGGGCAUUACGCCCGCAAUUGUUGGUCUGCAGGGAAUGGGAGGCUGACAGCUGUCGCGGUACAGACGGGUGUAUCCGAUGAUGAAACAAAGGAGAUGCGCGAAUACUUUAGAGAUAAAAUUAGAAAAAGGAGGUUAGAUGAGGAGAGGAGGGAAGAGGGAGAAAGAGGACGCAAAGAAGAAGAAAAUCGGAAGGAGUUAGAAAGAAUGAGGGACGCGGACGCAAGGGAGGCAAGGUUGGAGACACGACUGGUGCGAUUGCUGGCACAACAUACGAAGACCAGCACGCCACCGGAGUCGUCAGGUGUGAAGAAGAAGUCCCCCAGAACCAAAGCAAGAGUUAUGAGGGAAAUGCGGAGUUAUUUUGACGAGUCCGAUGAUGAUAGUGAGGAGGUGAGGGAGGAGGCAGGGAAGUUGGUGGAAGCUAUGGAGAAGAGGAAAGGAAAAGGCAGAGCAAAAGUAACGGAGGAGAGAUGGCCGAAGGUAAGAAUAGGAGGAAGGGGAGAUCGUGAAGAACUAGUCAAGUUGGAGGAUGAGGAGGAUCGGACACCUCCGCCGAAUCAUAGGACCGAUGAACGAGAUCCGAACAUCCUGUAUUUUGCGAUUGAGCUGCAUCGGCAUUUAUCAGAGAAGAAGGUACCUGAACUCCGGAAACUAUGCAAUCGUGAAGGUAUUGAGUGGUCGAAAAGGGAUACCGUGAUUGGGGAACUUGUGAAGUGUAAGGCAAAACUGGCCUACGGUGAUUUCACGGAGAACGUACGAAUUUACGAUUUGUUUGAGAAGUGAUGGAGGUCAGUAUGGACCACCUUCGUACGGAGAUGCUGGCACGAGGUAGGCAGAUGUGUGGCGGGAGAGGGAGGCUAUAUGCGGCGCAAGAGGAUCGA